CAGCUCCGGCCCGCGGCCUCCUGCACUCUGCGAACAGCAAAAGCAACCUUUGCAACGAAAAUGACCCAGCAACCCAAAGUAACGAAACGCGAGCCUCUGGACCCGGCGGAGGCCAAGUGGACGCGGCUUGUCAAGCUGAACUGGACGGACCAGACCGGCAAGUCUCGCGUCUGGGAGGCCGCCGAGCGGUCGACGCGAGGAGAGGGCGGAAUUGAUGCCGUCGCCAUCCUCGCCAUCGUCCCCGUCAACAACGAGAAGCACGUCCUGUGCCAGAAGCAGUUUCGCCCGCCCGUCGGCAAGUACUGCGUCGAGAUCCCUGCGGGGCUGAUCGACGGCCGCGAGACGCCGGAGGAGGCGGCCGUGCGCGAGCUGCGCGAGGAGACAGGCUACGUGGGCACGGUGCAGCGUAGCAGCGUGGUCAUGGUCAACGACCCCGGCCUGACGAACGCGAAUCUCAAGGUGGUGGUGAUGAACGUCGACAUGGACCUCCCCGCGAACCAGCACCCCGUCCAGCAGCUCGACGAGGGCGAGUUUAUCACCAACUUUACGCUGCCGCUCAGGACCCUGGCCGAGGAGCUCGAGCGUCUGGAGCGAGAGGGUUUUGUGAUCGACGUGAGGCUCGCGGUGCUUGCGAUGGGCUUGAAGAUGAGUGUGUAGGCGAGCACCGACGAGCACAGGAGGAGCAACAGCGUCAGCUGUGCGAGUCCGGCGAGUCCCGUAGACUGCGGCCACGUGCGGCCACGCAGCCGUGCGUCCACGUAGACUGCGGCCGCAUGUAUUGAGCGGCCGCGCAGACCUACAGCCGACUCGCAGUCUACGCGACUCGCACAGCUGACGCUGUUGCUCCUCCUGUUGCUCGUCCUCACCCUAGCAAUCAAAUGAAAUUAACCUUUUGCGGGGAGCAGCCAGCGGCCGCGCAGAUCUCUGGGUUAGGGUUCAGCUCCCACUCCCUCCGCC